AUGUCCCGCCUGCUGCACGCAGAAGAGUGGGCUGAGGUGACGGAGUUGGGGGACCCCCAUCGUCACCCCCCAUCGCAUCACCUCCAGCCGCCGCCACAGCCACCGGCCACCUUGCAGACGAGGGAGCCCCCGGUGUACCCCGCCGAGCUGUCUCUCCUGGACGGCACCGACCCACGCGCCUGGCUGGCUCCGACCUUGCAGGGCAUCUGCACGGCACGCGCCGCCCAGUAUCUGCUGCAUUCUCCGGAGCUGGGUGCCGCCGAGGCGGCGGCGGCGGCCGCCCCGGAGGAGGAGGAGGAAGAGGAGGAGGAGGACGGCCGGAGGGAUGCGGGGCGGAGGAUCGGCGGCGGAGGGCUCCCGAAGAACCCGGGGUCGGCGUCGGCCAAAGUGAGAGAGCAGCUGUGCAAGCUGAAAGGCGGGAUGGUGGACGAGCUGAGCCGCCAGCGAGCCCCUUCCAGCAAACAGGUGAACGGGGUGCAGAAGCAGCGACGGCUGGCGGCCAACGCCCGCGAGCGGCGCCGGAUGCACGGGCUGAACCACGCCUUCGACCAGCUGCGCAACGUGAUCCCGUCCUUCAACAACGACAAGAAGCUGUCCAAGUACGAGACCCUGCAGAUGGCCCAGAUCUACAUCAACGCGCUGUCCGACCUGCUGCAGACGCCCAGCGGCGGCGAGCCGCCCGCGGCGCCCCCGGCCGCGUGCAAAAGCGACCACCACCACCCUCUGCGCGCCGCCGCCGCCGCCGCCGCCUACGAGGCGGGCGCGGGCUCCGCCGCCAACGCCGCCGCCGGGGCCCAGCCCAGCCCCGGGGGGGCCCCGCGGCCGCCCGCGCCCGCCGGCUGCCGGACUCGCUUCUCCGCGCCGGCCUCCAGCGCGGCGUACUCGGUGCCGCUGGGCUCCCUGCACUUCUCCACGUUCGAGGACAGCGCCCUGGCGGCGAUGAUGGCGCCGAAGAACUUGUCGCCGUCGCUGCCCGGGGGCCUCUUGCAGCCCGGGUCGGAGGAGAAUAGCAAAACGUCACCCCGAUCCCACAGAAGCGACGGCGAAUUUUCCCCCCGUUCCCAUUACAGUGACUCGGAUGAGGCCAGUUAG